AUGGAUUAUGAUCUAUUGAGUGAGAAAAAGGCGUUUGAUGAUUCAAAAGCCGGUGUUAAGGGACUAGUUGAUGCUGGAAUUGUCGAUAUUCCACGAAUUUUUAUUAGGCCACCUGAUGAACUUGUUGAUGAAUUGAAUCAAUGCAAGUUACAGGUUCCAGUUGUGGAUUUCAGUGGCAUAGAAACUCAGGAUCGGCGUAAGAAGAUAGUUGAUGAAGUGAAGGAAGCAUCAGAGAAGUGGGGAUUUUUCCAGCUGAUAAGUCAUGGAGUUCCUUCGAGUGUUUUGGAAGGAAUGAUUGAUGGUACUCGUAAAUUUCAUGAGCAAGAUGUUGAAGUAAAGAAAGAGUACUAUUCGCGUGAUAGAACAACACGAAGAGUUAGAUAUGAGAGCAAUCUUCAUUUGUAUCAAUCACACACCGCGAAUUGGAGGGAUACGUUGAACAUUUCUAUGAUACUUACUGGUCAUAUUGAACCUGAAGAAAUACCGGUAGUUUGCAGGAAUGCAUCCAUUAAGUACAUCAAUUAUGUUAGAAAACUUGGAGACACACUUCUUAACUUACUAUCAGAAGCUCUUGGGCUAAAACCGGACUACUUGAAAGCGAUGGAAUGUGACAAAGGUAAAACAUUGGUAUGCCAUUACUACCCGGCAUGCCCACAGCCAGAGAUAACUCUUGGUACCGAUAAGCACACAGAUCCUGAUUUUCUCACCAUUCUGCUACAAGAUCAAAGUGGUGGCGCCCUGCAAGUCGUGCAUGAUAACCAAUGGGUCGAUGUUGAACCGAUUGAAGGAGGCUUGGUUGUUAAUAUUGGUGACUUUCUUCAGAUCCUAUCAAAUGACAAGUUUGUAAGUGUAAAUCAUAGAGUUGUAGCAAAUAAGAUAGGACCAAGGAUAUCAGUGGCAUGCUUCUUCCAUGGUGCUUUUGAACCUCCAAAGCUGUAUGGUCCAAUUAAAGAGCUCAUAUCAGAAGAAAAUCCCCUCCUGUAUAAAGAAUUUCUUGUGAAAGAUUACAUGGCUAAGUUUUUCUCCAGGCCAGUUCAUAAGUCUGGUCUUGAUCUUCUAAGAAUGUGA